AUGGGUGAGCAAAGGGGAGAGGGUGGGGAGGGUGGGGAGGGAAAGGAGAUGCGGAUGGAUGUGGACGAGGAUGGAGAAACUGAGAAGGUAGAAGAGGGACAAGAGGAAGUCCGGAAAGACAAAGCAGAAGGCGCAGGAGAAGGACCACGGGAGACGACGGAAACAAAGCCAAAACCACGAGUACGGAUCUGGCGCGUCCGUUUCACGCCUAAGAAAGGCGCCGAAGCGUACGAGCUCGACGAGGAAGGGAUCAGGGACGUCGAGAGCGAUGGAGGGGUGCCUGUUCCGGACCAUGCGCCGCCGGAAUGGGUUUCUGCGCACUCUCACCCUACUCCUACUCAGGAAGAGUCGACGGCUAGGCCUGAGACUGAGACUUCUGUGAACGCGACAGCUGGACCCUCGACGUCCACUGCAGCCGCCGACCCCUCGACUUCGAAUGAGAUGUCUGCACCUUCGACUUUGAAUGAGACAUCUGCGCCUUCGACUUCAACUUCAACUGCAACCACUGAACCCUCGGCUUCGACGUCCACAUCCACGACCGUACCAUCUUCUGCACCCUCUAGUUCGACUUUGACACCGACACCGACAACAUCAGGUCGCGUCGGAAUAUUUCCCGCGUGGUAUUGGGCCCAACUGGAGCAAUGGAGGAAAGAGGAGCACGCACGGCGUCAUAAUUCUUCCACUUCCAAUGCUAAUCCCAAGGCGGGACCCUCGCAAACGCACUCUCAGUCGCAUUCGCACUCACAGCCGCAUUCGCAUUCAGAGUCACAGUCGUAUCCAGAGCCGCGUCCGCAUCCAGAGCCACAGUCGCAUCCGCAUCCAGAGUCGCAUUCGCAUUCGCAUCCAGAGUCGCAGUCGCAUCCAGAGUCGCGCCCGCAUUCGCCUAGGCAAUUGCAGUGGGAACAUGAGACCCCCGAAAGUAUGGCGCCACGACGGCAACGACCACGGCCACCGCGAUCGCCAUCGCCACCGCCACAAGAACGUAUCCGUGUCCGUGAUGCCCCGCCGCAUUUCCAGUUUCGAGAGGCGGCGAGGGCGGGGACGAUAGGGAGUUCAUCGAACGCUCCGGCAGAGGAUCUGGCUGGCCAUGGGACUGCUUCUGUGGGGAUUCAGGACAGAGACAACGAAGGCGAAGGCGAAGGCGAGGGCAGCGGAGCAGGCGGCGGCGGCGAGUUCGAAAGGAGUCGACAGACCGUUUCGGGGUGGCGGCUUUGAGGUUUCUUUCAUGAUGAAUCCUGGUCAAUGCAAUGCGUGUUCGUGUGCUCACGCGUGUCACGUUGAUCUCGGUCUCUACCUUGGCUCGGGACGUUUUGGAUGAAUCCUGAUCAGUGCAUCUUCAUGUGCCUACACAUGUUAUGUUGACAUCGGUUUUAUGAUUCGGGACGGUCGACAGGUGUAAGUGUCGCUGUUGAGCGGCUCUUCUCGCACUGUCGUAAGACCCUCACUGAGUCUAAGUCUUCACUCACGGCUAUUUCCUCUGCGAAAACUGUUAUUUGUAAAGAUGUCUUGAAGCUCGGACUGGGAGAAGAUGUCUCGUACUUGGAGGGUAAAAAUACACACAAUUAAAUACGAUUAAAUACCAAUAUGUUGUCAGUACAAUACAUGUAUAAUACGAUACAGUAUGGUAUAGAACCC